GGGCCUCCGGCCGCUAGAGGUCACUGCAGGCGCCUGUCCGCCGCCCUGGCUGCCGGUAGUCGGGGCGGCUGCCGAGGCCUGCAGGGGCUAGGGAGCAGGCGGCGGCUAGAGGCCCUGGGGGGCUCCGGGACUGGAGGCCUCCGGCCAUGCAGCAGCUGGCCCCGCCCCCGCAGGUCUUCUCCAGGCCCUGGCGCCGCUGCUGGGGGCACCUGGCCACGCAUCCCUGACCCUGGGCGUCGCCGGCAGCCCCCGAGGGGCCGUCUUCGGGGCGUGCUGGGCCCUGGACUAUGCCCUCCAAGUCAGUCUCCCCGGGGCCCUCGGAGCCGGCUCCCCAGCAGCCCGCCGCCCAGGGGCGCCUGCAGCCGGAAGGAAGAAUGCUCGCGGGGCAGCUUCCCAACACAGACAAAGGCUCGGUCCCCGGCCCGGGGUCCCUGCCCACGGACAGCUGUGCCGGGCCCGAGCAGAGCCCAGUGGUCCCUCUGAACAUUCCAGCAAAAACCAGCAAUGAAGACCCUCAGGCUACAGCAAAACCCUUCACCCCAAAGCCGCCGCCGAGGCCCAGGCUGGAGCGGGCGCUGUCCCUGGACGAGAAGGGGUGGAGGAGCAGGCGUCUGCGCGGCAGCCGGGAGGACCUGGCCUCCCGGAACGGGGCCAGCCCCUCCCGGGGCUCCUUGCAGGACCAGGGCCCCGGGCCCCCCGCCCACCGUCGCUCCCCGCCCUGCCUGAGCACCUCCUGGCAGGAGAUCCCCACGUCCCGCGGGACUGUGGGCCGCGUGGGCGGGAGCCCCUCCUCGUGGGGGAACGGCGGUGCCUCCCUGGACACCCUGCACCGGAACGGGGCCUCGGCCGGGAGCACCCCCAGGUUGGCCAGCGGGCUCCCCUCCCACCUGCUGCCCGCCCUGGACUGGAACGUGGCUGCCAACUCCCUGCGGACAGCAAACAAGGUGGACGCAGACCACGCUGACUUCAAGCUCCGCCUGCAGACCAGGCUGUUCCGGGCCCACAGCAGCCUGGGCCCCGGCCGGCCCGCCAGCCCCCUGGCCGGCGACGACGGCUCCCUGCGCCCCGCCAAGUCCUCCUUCAGCCUCCUGGCGCCCAUCCGGGCCAAGGACGUCCGGGACAGCCGGCUGUGUUGGGGCAUCAAGGUGGAGGCCGCCCGGGCCCCGUCAGUGACCCCGGGGCCUCUCCUGCCAGAAUGGCGCCGCGCGGACACGGGCACUUGCACUGCUUGGCCAGGACAGCCGGACUGCAGGCUGCUGGACCGAGGGCCCGGCCGCACGGAGAGAGGUCCCCAGGGUCCACGCUCUGCGUCCCACAGGCUCCCGUGGCGUCAUCUCUGGGGUCCUGGGACCCGGUGUGCCCACUGGGCGCCCGGCAAAGCUCACGGUGGGAGGGGUUCGCAGCUCCAAAGACGCGUGGUUCCCGGGCUUCACGGGGCUUUGACACUUCAGCACAGCGACGUUUUCGUGGCUUGGAAAGAACUUGGGAGCUACCUGCAGGGGAGUCUCCUGGCCAGCGGGGCCCUGAUGGGGGCGGAGGAGCUGGCCCGGUACUUCCCGGACCGGAGCGUGGCCCUGUUCGUGGCGACGUGGAACAUGCAGGGCCAGAAGGAGCUGCCUCCCAACCUGGACGAGCUCCUGCUGCCCCCGGAGGCCGACUACGCCCAGGACCUGUACGUCGUCGGGGUCCAGGAGGGCUGCUCCGACAGGCGGGAGUGGGAGGCGCGCCUGCAGGAGACGCUGGGCCCGCACUACGUCAUGCUGCACUCGGCGGCCCACGGGGCGCUGCACCUCUCGGUGCUCCUCCGCCGGGACCUCGUCUGGUUCUGCUCGGAGGUGGAGAGCUGCACGGUGACCACGCGCAUCGUGUCCCAGAUCAAGACCAAGGGCGCCCUGGGCGUGGGCUUCACCUUCUUCGGCACCUCCUUCCUCUUCAUCACGUCCCACUUCACCUCCGGGGAGGGGAAGGUCAGCGAGCGGCUGCUGGACUACAGCAGGACCGUCCAGGGCCUGGCCCUGCCCAAGAACGUGCCGGACACCUGCCCCUACCGCUCCGACUCCGCCGACGUCACCACGCGCUUCGACGGGGUGUUCUGGUUCGGAGACUUCAACUUCCGUCUGAGCGGCGGGCGCCCGGCGGUGGAGGCCCUCCUGAAGCAGGACCCGGGGGCCAGCGUGCCCGCCCUGCUGCAGCUGGACCAGCUCACCCGGGAGAUGAAGAAGGGGACCAUCUUCAAGGGCUUCCGGGAGCCAGACAUCCACUUCCUGCCUUCGUACAAGUUCGACGUGGGGAGGGACUCCUACGACACCUCGUCCAAGCAGAGGACCCCAUCCUACACGGACCGGGUUGUGUACCGCAGCCGCCACAAGGACGACAUCUGCCCGCUGCGGUACUCCUCCUGCCCCGGCGUCAGGACCUCCGACCACCGCCCCGUGUACGGCCUGUUCCGCGUCAAAGUGAGGCCGGGCAGAGACAACAUCCCGCUGGCUGCCGGCAAGUUUGACCGCGAACUGUACUUGAUCGGGAUUAAAAGGCGGAUCUCCAAAGAGAUCCAGAGGCAGCAGGCCCUGAAGACACAGCACUCCAGCGCUGUCUGCACCGUCUCCUGAGGGGUCUGCCCAGAGGUCGUCUGUCCCCCGCUGCCGCCUGUGUCCCCAGAAAGGACGGGGAGGCUGUCCCCUGGGACUGCUCUGCCUGUAGGGACGCUGAUGACCCACCACCAGAGGCUGUCCUACCUCCUCAGCAAGACCCCGACCCGGCCGUGCACCGCAGCACGGGCAGGCCCUCACCCCUGGGCCAGAGCCAGCUGCUGACUUGCACGGCUUCCCUCCUGGGGCAGGCUCAAGCCGGCAGCGGGCCCAGGCCCCGGCCUGCCUGCAACCACUCCCGUCCCCCCGUGCUCACUCAUGCAGCUGCACCUGCGUCCAGGGUCCUGGUCUCUAUCCUCUAACCCCUCCUCAUCUGAGCGGGCUGGCCUGGCCCCAGGGAGGCUGCCAGGUGACGCCGGUGGGGUGACCAUGGGGCCCAUGCUAGGACCAAGCUGAGGCCCAGUGGGUCACCAGGCUGAAGCCACAUAGUGUCCAGGGAGCCACCAAAGCCCCACUGCAGGCUGGAGGGGGGCGUGGCCAACAUUCCAGGCCCGAGGAGCCCCCAGCCAGGACACCGCCUCCCACCCUCCUGGUCCCGCUGGCUCCAGACCACCCCCUCCCGUGGCGGCACACGGGCUGGGCGGGACAGCUGCCACCAGGGCGGCACCCCUCCACGUCUGGGCUGCUUCUCCUCAGUGUUCAGAGCCCAUCACCCCUUCACCCGACCCCGUCUCUUGGGAAAGGCAUAGGCUCUGAGUGUUUGGAAACCCAGGGGCAUUUGAUCUAGUCUACUCGAUUAUUUAUUUUUCCAUAUUUAUAUUUUUAAAUAAAUGCAUACACUGAA